AUGUCAACUGUUGGCGACUUUAAGCGACGCACAGCCAAAAGCUCAACCACGCGGCGAGCAUUGAAGCAAUACGAGCCCAAAGUGGUCGAGAACCCGAAGCGGGUGCUUUUCUUGAAGGGCUCAUCCUUGACCGAUGUAGUGUCGCAUGCAAUGGUGGACCUGAUGGCUAUCACGAAGCCGUACUGCAAGAAGUUAGCCAAGAAGAAUGCCUUCUUUCCGUUUGAGGGGCGGCAGCACCUCGAGUUUCUCGGCUUCAAGAACGACUGCUCGCUGUUCUGCUUUGGUUCCAGCAACAAGAAGCGACCCAAUAACAUCACGAUUGGGCGCCAGUUCAACUUUCACGUGCUUGACAUGGUAGAGCUUGGCAUUGUGGCGGCGGACCGGCUAGAUAUGUCGCAGACGGUAGGCAUCGAUGCUGGCUCUGCGGGUGGAAAGCCAUUUUUCGUCUUUGAAGGCAGCGAAUUCGCCUCUGAUCCUGCAUUCCUGCGACUGAAAAGUCUUCUGAUAGACUACUUUCGUGGCGGCAACGAAACCGUGAUUAACCUGGACGGCUGUGAUCGCGUCCUCUUCUUUUCUCUGCGCUCGCAGAACGGCGAGGACGCGUGUGUGGCGCCGUCCACGGACUGCUACACAAACAAGCCUCCUAGUGAAAAGGGCAAUGCGGUCCUCUGCAUGCGCCAUUACGCACUCAAGAAGCCCUCGGCCACCGCAGGGGCCCCAAAGACCCUUAAAAAUAUUCAGCUUUUCGACGUCGGACCUAACUUCGAUUUUGAGAUCCGCCGCAUCUCCUUUGCUACGCCGCAGGAGUUCAAGGUUGCUUGCCGCAUACCCCGGGAGACGCUCGCUACGCUGCGGUCGACCGCAGGCAACGUGCACGCGGACGGCCUCAAUAACCUUCGAGGCCAGCUACACGUGGGCAAACAAGACAUGCAUGAGCUCAACCUCCGCCGCUUCAAGGCACACCGUCGAGGCAUGGCCGCUGGUGUGGCUGAGAAUGAAGAGGGCUCUACUGAAACAGCCAAACAACCCCGGCGCAGGGCUCGCGUCGAGGCAGAAGUAGGGGAUCCUCGCCCGGAGACAGACAUAUAA